AUAACAUCAUUCUUUACUGACCAAAGUUGACUAAAGUGAAUAUGCGCAUUAGUUUCAAGAAAGAAGAAACUGUUUCCCUACGAUCUGGUUGCCAUCGUUUGUUUAAUCAAUUGAAAGCUCAAGGGCACCACUGUGUUCAACAUAGCAAAGCUCCGACAAUAACUAAAACAAAAGCGCUCAAAAAUAUUUUCCAUUAUGAACGACUGUGAGAUUGAAUGUUUGAAAACUGAAUUGGAGCACGAGAAAACUUGCAGAGAGUCAGCAGCAUGGCAGAAUGGGGAACUGGAGAAGCAAAUAGUCUCGAUACAGGACGAACUCCGCAAGACCGAUUAUACUUGGGAUCAUGAUGAUGACUUGAUGAAGGAGAGCGCGAGGCAUAAGGUGUUCCAGGACACUAUAGAAACGCUGAGGGAACAAUUACCAGCAUUGAAGGAGAAGAUCAAAAAAGCUAAGAUCUGUGGUGCAGAUUGUAAAUUAAAGCACGAUGAUCUCAAUAUCAACCUGGAUAUUCUUACACCGGCAGAAUUACUGAGAACGGUCAAGAGAUUUGAGCGUCUCAAAACCGACUUGAUAAGCACUCUGCGAAGUAAAGAGUGGCGCUUAGACUCGGAAUCUAAGUUGUUCGUGAGAGUGAACGACCAAAGAACCUACUUGCAGAACGAGCUAUUGAUAUGCCAGAAUAAUAUCUUGAGACUGCAGAAGAAUAGCAGCUACUGGCAAAACGUCGCCAGAAAGAGCGACGAGCGAGUGCUGGACCCAAAGCGAGGACCUAUAAAGAAGAUGAUCGGCAACGAGCGACUCGCCCCUAUCGCUACCUAAUGCAAUUAUUAUUAACGCACUUGUAGAGUUUAUUUUCUUACAAAUACUUAGUAUUAAUCUAGAUGCUAGAUGUACCUGUGUGUAUCUUUUUAAGGUGGUUAAAAAAACGUAGAAGUCGGUACUCGGUAGGCAGUGCAACAAGUAGACUAUAAGUAUAUAUCAAAGCAAUAACAUAAGAAUUACGUAGAUCCUAUUUCUUUUAGGUAGGUAUAAAAAAAUUAAGGACACAAUUAAGGAAGUCAUAGUAUUUGCGCUUUGUUUUUGUGAUGUUGCAGUAGAGUUACGCUGCUAUUAAAGUAACGCUAUCAUAGUUUCAUCAUAGGUUUAAGGAUGUCAUUGAACAUCCAUGGCAGUCGUUACGAGUAGUCAGAAGCCAGUAAGUCUGACACCAGCCUAACCAAAGGGUAUUGGGUUGCCCGGGUAACUGGGUUGAGGGGGUCAGAUAGGGCAAACGUUCCUUGUAAAGCACUGGUAUCUAAUCUGCUACUUCCGGUUAGACUGGAAGCCGACCCCAACACAGUUGGGAAAAAGGCUCGGAGGAUGAUGACUAACGCUAUCAUCGUUUCUGCAAAAAGCUAUAGUGACAGUAUCUUACUUUGUAGUCUGUUUUUAACUAUCAGACUAUCAGUUGUCUCUAUUUAGGUUUAUUCUUCUGAAUAUUUGAAUAUAAUGUAUGCGGGAUGCAGUCCAGCAGUGGACCGUCUUGUUGAGGCUAUGAAGAUGACUACGUCUACGAAAGCAUCAGUCAUAUCUACUGCAUCAUCAGUAAAAUCUGUUUAGUUAUGAAGCAAUCACUUGUUUUUGUCUAUUUAAUUUAUAGAAAAAAUUGAUUUACGUUAGAGUCACUAUAAUUGUCUGUAAUUACAGGAUUUGUUUUAUAACGGCUUCUAUCACAUGAAUUCUUGAUUUAAAUGCAGGUUUUACAUUUACUGGUAGAAUAUUUAAAUUAAAA